GGAAUAUGGUGGCAACCGCGAGAACGAGACCCCUCUGUCGUGCAGCCGCUGCGAGACGCAUAGCUCCGACCGAGUCACCACCGUGACGGAAGAAACUGUCGUCGGCGCCAAUGGCUUCAAGAUCAACAUUGAGAACGGUCGACCACAGCUGCUGAAGUUCCUUUUCCAUGGCGGUUUCUGGAGCCCGCCCACCACUCUUCUUCGCCCCGAGUCGGUAGGCCGUGAUACCGUUGGAGUCGUCUUUGUCGAGUUUCUCGAACUGCGCCUGUGCCAUGUUGCGUAGUCGUUUUCGGUCGAGUUUUCCAGAGGACGUCAGGGGCAUCUUGGUGACGGGGAUGAAAACAGAUGGUACCAUAUAAGCGGCCAUCUUGGUGGAGAUGGAGUCGACAAUGGUCUGGGCAAGGGAUCGGAAAGGGGCGGUCAUGGGAAAAAUAGCAAUCUUUUCAUCUGACUGAUCCUCCUGGGUCAGACAGAUGAAGGCGCCAAGAGCCUUCUGAGAUUGUCCAACUGAAAUGAGCUCGACAGAUGAUUGGGAGGUUUCUGGAAGGCACGCCUUCACAUGGUGUUCGAUUUCGCCGAGUUCGAUACGCUGCCCGUGCAGCUUGACCUGGGUAUCCUUUCGACCUAAAUAAAUUAGCGAGCCAUCCGAGUUAUACCUUACCAAGUCUCCCGUCUUGUACAUCCUCCUGGCGCCUCUCUCUGAGUGAUACGGGUCCAGGGCAGCCCAGUGAGGCAUCUCCACAAACACCCUCGCCGUUUCGACGGGCAUCUCGAGAUAACCUCUGGCCAGGAUGGGCCCCUCAAUCAACAACUCGCCAGCGCAGCCAAUGGGUACCAAUCGAUUGUGGUCGCGAGGGUCCACCACCCACGAAACGCUGCCAACGCUGGUGCCAAUAUUCGCAACAUCGCCAUUAGCGUCAAUGUGGAGACGGGAUCGCGCCGCCCCAGAUAUUGAGAACCUCCUGUGUCAGAGCCUCCCCUCCAACAGCCAUACCACGAAUGCUCGGCACCUGCUCGGGCCGGAGCAAUGCCGCCACGGUGGGCGUCAGAUCCAUAAAGUUGGCAUCAAGCCUCCUGAUGGCGCCUGGGAGGUCCCCGAGUCUGUCUUCUUCCGAAGGAACGCAAACGCAGCCACCAUGGAUGAGGUUGGUGAACAUCUCUUCCAGACUGUUGUCGAAAGUGUGAGCUGCAAACUGCAGGAAACGUGUAUGUGGCCCCAAACCUAG